GCCUGAAAUUGAAACCCAUCCGAGAGGCCUCGUCCGUCCUCCGUCAGGUCACCAUGGCCUCCCGUUCGCCGCCGCCGCCGGCGGAACCCCAAGCACCGCCCGCUCCCACCACCAUACGCGCCCUCUCCGAUGACCUCCUCCGCGAUAUCUUCCUCCGCCUGCCGUCCCUCCCUUCCCUCGUCCGCGCCGCCUUCACCUGCCGCGCCUUCCUCGCCGCCGUCCGCUCCUCCCCCGCCUUCCGCCGCCGCUUCCGCGCGCUGCACCCGCCCCCUCUCCUCGGCUUUUUCAUCAGCCCCGAUGGCACUGAAACGCCCUCCUUCAUGCCCAUCCGCCGCCGCUCCGACCCGGACCAUGCCGCCGCCGUCCGCGGCAUCGAUGUCUUCCUCACCCGCGUCCCCUGCGACGACGACGUCUUCCCCGGGUGGCACAUCAGCGAGUGCCGCGGCGGCUGCCUCCUCCUCGUUAACUGGGAUUCCAAGCAGAUCGGCACCUACAACCCCCUCACCCGGGCCCUGGAUCUCCUCCCGAUGCCGACUGACGAGAUAUCCAAAGGCCACCGCGGCAAGUUCAUCCCCAUGUGUUACUUCUUGCUUUCCUCCGACGACGAGGCGCCCGACAGGUCAUCGUUCCGCGUGGUCUACUCCUGCCACGACAAGUCGCGAGUUCGCGCCACCAUCUACUCGUCCGCCACCAGGAAGUGGCAAAUUCUCCCCUGGUCGGAGCCUGCGCCGGCGCAGCCGGCGAGCGGCAAGUACUGGCUUCUCGCCGGCACCCAGGUGAAUGGGUUCCUGUGCUGGUCACACUCGUGGCAUGCCUACAUCGUGCUUCUGGACACCGCUGUGCUGCAAUUCUCCUUCAUCGAUCUGCCGGAGCUUUUGAAGGGGCAAAGCCACCUUUACAUGAUUGGGGAUACCAAGGAUGGGAGGCUCUGCAUUGUCUCCGCAUUUGAAUUCACAAUGUUUAUUUGGUUCCGAAGAGCAGGUGCUGACGGCGUUGACAUGUGGAUGCUUGAAACUAUCAUCCAGUUGGAUAGAGAGGUUCUUCAGGCUACCGGGGGCUCACGGGAGGAACAUGAAGACCUCAAAGUGUUCGCGAUUCUGGAUGGCGUUGUAUACAUGUCGACUUAUGAGAGAUUCAGAGAUGCAAGUUUACCUUGUUGGUACCUGUCCUUCUGCCUGGAAACUAGGAAGCUGGAAAAGCUCUUUUUUAGUAAAACUCAUGGCCACAUGCAUCCAUACAUCAUGGCGUGGCCUUCUUCUUUAGUAGGUAACAAUUUGGGCCCUUGACAUGGAGGGGUGCUUGCUAAGUGUGGAACUGGUUAUGGUAACUUAGGAGGAAGGCGAAAACUACAGUUGCUAUUGUACUCUUAUAUUGAGUUAUUGACAUCUAUUUUGUUUCACUUAAUGGUGGCAAUUGUUCUUUAAUAAAUUGUAUAGUAAUAUUAAUGUCAUAACAAGUUUUGUCUAGCAUUAGUAGUUCAUUCACUGACCUUACUGUACACCAAUAGCACUCUUUAUUCUCUGCAUAUUAGAACUAUUACCUU